AUGAACUUUGUUCAGCUAGCGUUGUUCUUCCCGCUCUUUCAAAUAAUCAAUGGCAACGCAACGAGUUCAAAGUCCUUGUGGGAUGAGGAGGAGAAGGAGGAAGAAGCCAAGGUAUAGAUAUUGUCAACAUCGCAGGAUCUACAGUUUGUCACUUUGCAGAAACCCAUACUCCGCAUCCACCAUAUCAACAUUUUCGGGGACUCUCGCUAUAUGAAGGCGUUGGCCAACAUCGACGCCAGUCGCACCCAAUUCGAACUCACUGUAUCGCUUCGCCAAGAGCUGGGCAGCAAUUUCCUGACCUUCAACCUUAAACUGCGGGUGCGACCAACGGGCAGGGGAACCUUUGUGACCCUGCUCCAGAUGAGGGCGCUGGAUCUGUGCGGAUUCUUCGCCGAGUUCUCCGGCAAUCCCAUGAUGAAGUACUUCCUCCAGUCGCAGGUGCAGCUGAACGACGUCAUCGCAUGUCCUGUUCGCGCGGGAAACUACUCGCUGAAGAAUGUGAGGGCUAAGGAAAUCUAUCCGCAGAAUCUGCAGAACGGCACCUACAAGUUCUUCGUGGAGGUGAUUGAGGCAACGGCCGAAAAGGUCUUUGCCCUGCAAGUGACCACCGAGAUCCGGAUUCCAAGUGGCCCCGAAUAA